AUGCAGACGCCGACACUUACCGCUUUUUCUUCUUCUUCUUCUUCCGCCGCCGUAUUCCCACUCUCCUCCUUUUCCACCAUUUCCCCUUCAUCCUCAUCUAUUCUCAAUCUUGCUAAUCUAUCUAGAACAAGCAAGUUCGCAUAUCCAUCCGCCGUUUCACUGAAAAUGAAAGCAUCAUCUUCGCCCAUGAUUGAGAAGGAAACGCCCGAGACCCAACGACCCAACACUUUCCUCAGAGAAACUGACGACAAUCAUUCCCAGAACUCGAAUUCGAACUCGGUGAGAGCUCGAUUCGAGAAGAUGAUUAGAGAGGUACAGGACGGGGUCUGCUCGGCCAUAGAGGCUAUGGACCAAGGUGGAAAGUUCAAGGAAGAUGUGUGGUCCAGGCCUGGUGGUGGUGGUGGAAUCAGCAGGGUUUUGCAGGAUGGCGCUGUUUGGGAAAAGGCUGGUGUCAAUAUUUCUAUUGUAUAUGGAGUUAUGCCUCCCGAGGCUUAUAGAGCUGCCAACCCCUCUCAAAACGGCAAUACUGAGCCUGGUCCAGUUCCCUUUUUCGCUGCAGGAAUCAGCUCGGUUCUACAUCCGAAGAACCCUUUUGCUCCAACUUUGCAUUUUAAUUAUCGGUAUUUUGAGACUGAUGCUCCAAAAGAUACUCCGGGAGCACCUAGACAAUGGUGGUUUGGUGGCGGUACAGAUUUGACUCCUGCUUACAUUUUUGAGGAGGACAUCAAGCAUUUCCAUUCGGCCCAAAAAAGCACUUGUGACAAGUUUGAUGCUAGCUUCUAUCCUCGAUUCAAGAAAUGGUGCGAUGAUUAUUUCUACAUUAAGCAUCGUGGGGAGAGGCGAGGUCUUGGGGGUAUAUUUUUUGAUGAUUUGAACGAUUAUGAUCAAGAGACGCUUCUUUCCUUUGCUACCGAGUGCGCCAAUACUGUAAUUCCUGCAUAUAUACCCAUAAUAGAGAAGAGGAAGGAUAUGCCAUUUACUGAUAGACACAAGUCAUGGCAGCAACUGCGUAGAGGACGCUAUGUAGAAUUCAAUUUGGUUUAUGAUCGUGGCACUACAUUUGGUCUCAAGACUGGUGGAAGAAUUGAAAGUAUUCUUGUCUCACUUCCCCUAACUGCACGUUGGGAAUAUGACCACCAACCAGAAGAGGGGAGCGAGGAAUGGAAACUGCUGGAUGCGUGCAUCAACCCCAAGGAAUGGAUCUGA